AUGAUUGCUUGCGAUGGCUGCAACGAAUGGUUCCACUACCGAUGUGUAGGUGUGCAGGAGAGCAACAUCCGUGAUCAGGAGAUGUGGUUUUGCCCGACGGAGAAGUGCCAGAAGGUUGAAGAAGAGCAGGCAAAGCAGCUGGAAGAUCCAAAGAAGAAAGGUAAAUCCUCCAAAAAGACGCUCGUAACGGACGAGAACUCGGACAAGUCUAGCGUCAAGUCCGAUCGACAGUCCGGUUCCCUUCUUGAGAAAAAGCUUAAAGAACUAGAGAGGGAGCAAAGAGCGAAGGAGAAAGAGUUGGAGAUGGAACGCCUGUUGAGGCAGAAAAGGAUGGAGAUGGACCGCGUUCUGAAGGAAAAGAGACUCAAAAUGGAAAACGAAAUGCGGCAACAGGAAAUGGAACAAGAAAAGGAAUUGCUUGAAAAGGCUCUUAAGGAUGAGCAAGCUCAUUUAAAACAAAUGGAGCAAAUGCGUGAAAAGUACCAGGCGAAGAUAGCAAGCGUGAAGGGAAAGUUGAAUGCUACGACUGAUUCCAAAAACCAAAAAAGGAAGCAGGAUCCACUGGAAGGACAUUCGAAAGGCAACAAGCUAGCACAGGAGAAGAACCAAAGCGGAUUAAAGCCGGCAAAGGGUACAAAAAGUGGAAAAACGGAAGCAAGGCCUGUGGAUUCGGAAAAUGAAGACAGCGAAGAAGAAACUGAGGAAGGAGAAUCUGAUUCUGGAGAUGACGGAUCGGAUGAAGAAAACGAAGAGGAAAAUGAGGAAUCCGAAGAAACAUACGACGAAUCUGAGGAGGAAUCAGAGGAAGAAAUGAAACCGGAAAAGAAAUCGAAGAAAAGGCAAGUAAAGAAGAAAGUAGAGCUACACGGGCUGGGGCAGAAAUCUGCUGGACCUACGAAGACGCAGCUGGCUGCGCGGAACGGAAUCUGCAGGAAACUUCCCAUAUUCACUGGGAAACCGGAGGAAUGGCCUCUGUUCAUAGGCAGCUACGAAGCGUCGAACGAAGCAUGUGGAUACAACGAUAUCGAAAAUCUUGUUCGUCUACAAGAGAGUCUUAAAGGACCAGCAUUGGAGAGCGUUCGGGGACAAUUGCUGCUACCAAAAUCCAUACCGAAAGUGAUUGACAAACUGCGACAACUCUAUGGUCGUCCGGAACAGCUGUUACAUUACCACCUAGAGAAGGUGAAGCAGUUGGAUCCUCCAAAGGCCGAGAAGUUGGGAACGUUUAUUCCUUUCGGAAAUGCAGUAGAGCAACUUUGCGACCACCUUGAAGCGGCGGAUCUGGAACAGCAUCUCGUGAAUCCAUUGCUGGUACAGAGUCUGGUGGACAAACUUCCUUCAUCCGAUAAACGCGAAUGGGUGCGCUUCAAAACCAAAAAGAAGAAAGCCACCUUGAGGACGUUUGCUGAUUUUCUCUCGAGAAUUGUAUCGGAAGCAUGUGAAGCCAAUGCCUGCGUCGAGAAAGGAGCAUUCUAUAACCACAGCGUGAGCGAAAGCUCGAGAGAAAGUAAUGCAGUUAGCACCACUGUACCCGAGAAUCUAAAGCCUUGCAAAGCGUGCAAGCGUACAGAUCACCGGCUGCGGUUUUGUCAAGACUUCAAAGCUAUGUCGAUCGUGGAUCGUAUGAAGAUUGUUGAAAAAGCCAAGCUGUGUAAAAUCUGUCUGAAUGACCACGGAAAUGCAGUUUGUCGAUUCAAGAUGCGAUGUAACGUCGGCGAGUGUUGGGAGCGCCAUCAUCCUCUGCUGCAUCCAACAGUAUCAUCAAUUGUGAUGAACACACACAUCAAUCUUCAAGGGACUGUCCUCUUCCGAAUGAUUCCAGUGUCGCUACAUUGUGGGAAUCGGACAGUGAAAACACUAGCUUUCCUGGAUGAAGGAGCCUCAAUUACGUUGGUGGAGCGAUCGCUAACCGACCAACUCGGAGUGAAAGGAAUUCUUCAGCCACUCACGAUAAAAUGGACCGCUGACGUCACUCGAGUUGAAGAAGGCUCAACAAAGAUGAAUCUGUGGAUAUCCGCUUCAGGAGACCAGGAAAAGCUGUUUUUGAAAUCCGUACAGACUGUGGAACAACUUCUUCUGCCGAAACAAUCACUGGACGGCACAGCAAUGUCUUCUGUUUACCAUUUCCUUCGUGAUCUACCGAUCUCAUCGUAUUCCAGUCAAAGACCCGGAAUUCUAAUCGGUUUGAACAACCUUCACGUUAUCGCACCGAUGCAAGCAAAAAUUGGAGAACAAGGAGAGCCAAUCGCUGUAAGGUCUAAACUCGGCUGGUCAGUUUACGGACCUACAGGAGGACAACCGCAUAGACAGAAUUUCGUAGGGUAUCACCAUGAAAUAACUAACGAAAAUCUGCACAACCUGCUGAAGGAACAAUACGCGCUGGAGGAGUCGGUGGUUGCUGUGUCACAGGAGUCGAAGGAAGAAAUACGAGCUCGAGAGAUCCUAGAACGUACUACAGUGCGCGUCGGUGACCGCUUCGAAACCGGAAUGCUGUGGAAAACCGACAACCCAAAAUUUCCGAACAGUUUUCCCAUGGCGGUACGCAGAUUAAAACAGUUGGAGCAACGGCUGGAGAAGACACCGGAGUUGUAUGAAAACGUGCGAAAGCAGAUCGAGGAAUACCAGCAUAAGGGCUACGCACAUCUAGCGACACAAGAAGAAUUGGCUGAAUUCGAUCCGCAGGAGUCAUGGUUCCUUCCCAUCAACGUAGUUCUGAACCCAAAGAAACCUGCAAAAGUAAGGCUGGUGUGGGACGCAGCGGCAACGGUAAAUGGUGUUUCUUUGAAUUCCCAGUUGCUCACAGGUCCAGACAUGCUCACUCCACUACCGGGUGUUCUCAACCGUUUUCGGGAACGACCCAUCGGAUUCGGCGGAGAUAUUCGUGAGAUGUAUCAUCAGCUACUGAUACGGGCGGCAGAUAAGAAGGCACAGAUGUUCGUGUUCCGAGACUCAUCACGCGAUUCUCCAAGCGUGUACAUAAUGGAUGUAGCGACGUUUGGAUCCAAAUGCUCACCGUGCCAAGCGCAGUUCGUGAAGAAUCAAAAUGCCAUCGAGUUUUCUACGCAAUUUCCAGAAGCAGCAGCAGCGAUAAUAGAGAAGCACUAUGUCGACGACUACUUCGACAGCGUCGAUACAAUCGAAGAGGCCAUCACUAGAGCAACGGAUGUGAGAUAUGUUCACUCGAAGGGAGGUUUUGAGAUUAGGAACUGGGUGUCGAACUCCGGAGCGUUUCUCGAUGAACUGGGAGAAGUCCGGCAAGACCAGUCGGUACAUUUCAAUCAGGAUAAGGAAAGCGGGACUGAGCGAGUACUUGGCAUCAUCUGGGAUCCAAGGCACGAUGAGUUUUCGUUCUCGAUGGAGCAUCGGCAAGACGUGCGGCCGUAUCUGCUCGAAUGUCAACGUCCUACGAAGAGAAUAGUUCUGAGCUGCGUAAUGGGAUUUUUCGAUCCGUUAGGUUUGCUCACACCAUUCACAAUCCACGGAAAAAUGGUGGUGCAAGAUCUGUGGCGAACAGGCUGCGAAUGGGAUGACGAAGUAGACGACGAGAGUCUUCGUAAGUGGGAACGCUGGACGGGUCUGUUGCCGACGGUGGAAGACAUACGUAUACCUCGCUGUUACUUCAAAGAGUUUCGCUCAACGUCCAUCAACUCUCUGGAGCUGCAUGUUUUUACUGAUGCAAGCAUUCACGCAUACGGUUGUGCUGCCUACUUCAGAGCUGUAAUCGACGGAGAUGUAAGGUGCUCGCUGGUGAUGUCACGUUCGAAGGUGGCUCCAUUAAAACUACAGUCAGUUCCACGUCUCGAACUGAUGGCUGCUGUUCUCGGGGCGAGGAUGCUGCAAACGGUAAGAUUAAACCAUUCACUUACCAUUUCAAAAUUCGUUCUUUGGAGUGAUUCGCAAACGGUGCUGAGCUGGAUCCGGUCAGAUCAGCACAAAUACAAGCAAUUCGUUGCUUUCCGAAUCUGUGAAAUAUUGGAACUGACGUCUACUAACGAUUGGAGGUAUGUUCCGUCCGAUUUGAAUAUCGCCGACGUCGUUACGAAAUGGGGACAAGGACCACCACUGGAAUCAGACGGUCCAUGGUUCAACGGUCCACAGUUUCUACAUAAGCCAGAGUCAGAGUGGCCCGAGCAGCAGAAAGCGAAGUUCAACGUCUUGGAAGAGAUGAAAGCAUGCAUGCUGUUCCACGACGCAUCCAGUCCGGUUAUCAACGUCAACGUAACGUCACGGUGGUUGAGGUUGAUUCGAAUAGCAGCCAGCGUAGUUCGGUUCAUUGCCAACUGUCGGCGAAAAAUAGCUAGGCAUCCAAUCCUAGUAUCGAAGGCGGGACGCAACUUGGAGCGUUCUGUCAUAGCGAAACCGGAAUCCAUCUGGUCGCCGCUGCUUCAAGACGAGCUCCAAGCAGGAGAAAUUAUGCUUGUGAAACAAGCCCAGCAGGACAGCUUUGAGGAGGAAGUGAAGAUAUUGGAAACCAGCCGUGGACGCAACCCGGAUCAAUCGCCGGUACUCGUUGACAAGUCAAGCUGGCUCUACAAGCUGAGUCCGAUCAUCGAUGCCAAUGGAAUUGUGCGCAUGGGUGGAAGAUUGGCGCUAUCGGAAUCGGUUCCUUUCGAUACGAAAUUUCCGGUAAUUCUUCCCAAGCGACACCAGAUCACUAGUAUGAUCAUCCAAUAUUACCAUGAAAAAUAUGGUCAUGCCAACAAGGAGACCGUGUUCAACGAGCUUCGUCAACGCUUCUACAUCCCAAAGCUUCGAUCAACCAUUUCGCUAGUCGUGAAAGACUGCAUGUGGUGCAAAGUCAACCGAUGUCAGCCACAAGUUCCGGUGAUGGCACCACUUCCGGUUCAACGGGUCACGCCGCAGUUGCGCCCCUUCAGCUCGGUCGGAGUUGAUUAUCUGGGUCCUGUAGAAGUAUUGGUCGGUCGUCGAAGAGAGAAGAGAUGGGUAGCUCUGUUCACUUGCCUUGCGGUACGAGCCAUUCACCUCGAAGUGGUGCAUAGUUUGACCACGCAAGCUUGUAUGAUGGCGAUAAGGAGGUUCAUCUGCAAGCGAGGUUCGCCGGACGAAUUCUUUUCGGACAACGGAACCAACUUCAAGGGUGCAAGCAAUGAGAUGUACAAAACGAAGCAGAAGGUCAGUACAGAAUGUGCGGAAAGUGUCACAAGUCCAGCAAUCAAGUGGCAUUUCAUCCCUCCCGGAACACCCCACAUGGGGGGUAGCUGGGAAAGAAUGGUGAGAUCUGUUAAGGAAGCUAUGAGAGCUUUAGACGACGGCAGAAAGCUAACGGAUGAAAUACUCUUGACCACGUUGUCGGAGGCGGAGGAUAUGGUCAAUUCACGUCCGUUGACAUAUCUUCCACAAGAAACUGAAGAAACCGAAGCCAUCACACCAAAUCAUUUUUUGCGCGGGGCUGUCAAGGAUGAGGAUCAGAUUGUCGAUGGGGAGGUUGAACUGGCAGAUGCUCUGAGGAACGUUUAUAAGCGGUCACGGUACCUGGCCGAUAGGAUGUGGAAGAGGUGGAGCAAGGAGUACCUACCCAGUAUCAAUCGGAGGACAAAGUGGUACGAAGAGCGAAGACCGUUGCAAGUGGGAGAUUUGGUGUUCAUAGUAGAUGGUGCACAGCGGAAGAAUUGGGUCCGCGGAAUAGUUGAAGAGGUUGUAGAAGCUGUGGAUGGCAAGAUCCGGCAAGCCAUGGUGAAGACAAAUAAAGGCGUAUUUCGGAGAGCAGUGGCCAACCUAGCCGUAGUGGAGAUUCCCAGUAAUUCCGGGACAUCCGGCAGAGCGGAACCGGAGUUACGGGCUGGGGUGUAA